UCUAGGUCUCGCAUUCAUGAAGAUCUGCCUUGUCUCGUAUUGCUGAAUUACGAUCGGCGUCGGCUGGCCGCAACUUUCGCGCUCGACGGAAUGGCUUCCUCAGUUCCUGACCAUGAACGUCGAGUGUCAGCUCCACGAGGUAAGGUCGGAGGCUGGGUGAAGGUCUGCUGCACUACGAAGGCCCCCAUCGUGCUAUGCAUGAUGAAGGUCCGACGCGGGCCAGCCAAUCGCGGCCUACGUGUCCUCCUGCUCAUCUCAAUAGAGCACAUCCUCGACGGCCUUGCGCCGCCGCAACCUCGCUGCCCCAACGCUGCCCAUGACUCAUCGUGCCUGCUUCACACUGUCCUUGGCGUCCUCGAGACCAUGGUAGGCUGGCCUGAGUGCGGCCCUAGUACGUGCACCUCCUUCCCUCACUCCUUCCCCGUGGUCUUUCCCGUCACCCCCAUCACCUCCCUUCGACCACAUACUCACCACUAACACCUCCCCAGCGACCGGCGCCUUCUACUACCCCUCCUCCGUGACCGUCUCUGAGCCCUUCGCCCUCCGCUUCUGCUCGGGCACCUACUUCAAGACCUCCUCCAAGUCUAUCACCCUCGCCAUCAGCGCCGCCGGCGACACCAACCUCGACCGCGCGGUCAUCCUCACCGACGAGCUCACGUCGCCGGACUACAAGACCUAUGACUUUGAGGCGGUCGUGCCGAAGACGAUGUUCACGUUUCCGGAGGAGACGUACUUGAUUGUGGUGGAGAAGACGAAUGAUUAUUAUGUGGUGAGUAGAGCCAC